UAUUAGUUUAAAUUAGAAAAUGCUAGUUAAUUAUUCUGACAGUGAAGAUGAUUCAAAAUAAAAUGGUAAUAAAGAAGUGAUUAAUAUUCCACCUGAAAUAUAAAAAUAGAUGUAAUAAACAAAACUUAUACCUGUUGAACCAUCUAUUGUAAAAAAGAGAAAACCAAAUCCAUCGGAACAGAAAAUACCUAAUGCAUUUUUAAAAUGUGAUGGAAAAAUAGAUUAAGAAAUAAAUAAAUAAAUAAGUUAACAAAAUGUUUAAGAAAAUAUAUUCAUACCUAGUCAGCUUCUAUGCAAAAAAAGCAAUGUUUCUAUUGAAUGA